CAAUUUCACAGUAGUGAGUAAGGUGUAGGGUCGCCACAAACUGUUCAAAAUGUUUUUGACUUUAUAUAUUUUGUGAACUUUUAGGUAAUGACAAUUGUCGACAAUUCUAGAUCAAUGAGAUCAUAAGAAGAUUGAAUUUUUCUGUUUAUCCGAUAAGUACACAAUUAUUCAAAAUUCAUUUUCUAUUGAAAAUAAGAUAUUUUAUGGUACCGCUAGCCUUGUUUUUGGCUGCGGUAUAUACGUAUGAAAUGUCUACCUUUGGACGAUUUAAAACGAAAAACAACCUAUAUUUGAUGUUUCAUUUAAGACGAUCAGGUGUUAUUAAGUCACAACAUGUUUAUGAUGCUAUGUAUGCUGUUGAUAGAAAAUAUUUUAUAGAUUUACCUGUUGCUUAUAUUGAUGCUCCACAAAAACUUGGAUUUGGAGCAACAAUAAGUGCUCCACAUAUGCACGCACAUGUCUUGGAAUUACUUCAAGACAAAUUACGAGUUGGUGGAAGAGCAUUAGAUGUUGGAUCAGGAUCUGGUUAUUUGACGACCUGUAUGGCAUAUAUGCUGGGACCUUAUGGAACAGCUAUAGGAAUUGAACAUAUUCCAGAACUUCAAGAAAUAGCUAAAGCAAACAUAGAAAGCUGUUAUCCAAAGUUUCUUACUUAUGGACGUAUUGAAUUAGUUGUUGGAGAUGGAAGAUUAGGAUAUCCACCGAAAGCACCUUAUGAUGUUAUUCAUGUUGGAGCAGCAGCAAAGGAAGUACCUCAACCUCUAAUUGAUCAAUUAGCUUUUGGAGGAAGAUUGAUAAUUCCUGUAGGUCCAGAUUCUUCCAAUCAGACUUUAGUUCAAAUUGACAAAAAAAUGAACGGAGAAAUUGAACAAAAAUCAUUAAUGGGCGUAGUAUUUGUACCACUUACUGACAAGCAACAUCAACUGAGAUCAUGAGGGUUGUGUAAGCUCCAAUAAGUGAGCAUUUUGUUAUUUAUAGUUAUGAGUAUUCACAUUAUUUUGUAAUUACAUUUGCUGUGCACAAGGUGAUUAAAAUUCGUUGGCAAAAGAACUGAGUACGAAUGGAACGAAAAAUAAUAUCAUCAUAUUUAUUCUAUAAAUAUUUUAAAUUAAUCUAAUACAUAGCAAACUAUAUACACAUUUUUUGAAUUACGAUAUAGAGAGUAAAUAAUAAAAUGUGCAAAUAACGAUAUAUUCUGUAACUAUUUUCUUCUUUACUUUAUAUCAUUUAGUUAUAAUAUAGACUCUGUACACGAGACAUUCAAACAAAAAUGUAUUAAUAAAAGCUGAUUUAUCUGACUAUAA